AUGGUGUCUUUACCUCCGGGAACAAUUAGGAAUUACAAUUUACAAUUACAAAACGAAUCUCCAUUUAUGUUCACGAUUCUUAACUUGACGAACACAAUAACAAAUCUUUUACUUGGUGCAGUGGCAAUGAAUGCAUUUGUUUACGCUAAUUUAUUGUCCUCACCAAAAAGUUUAAUUGUUUCACAACAUAUUUAUUUAUGUGUAUUUGGGUACAUUAUUCUAAUGGUCCAAGCCAUACAUAGCGUCAACAUAAACACAGGUUGGGCCCGAGCUUUUAGUUGCAACAACAAGAGAGCUGUGCACUACAUUCUGCAGAUAAUCGGUUCCAUCCUAGGCAUAACGGGUUGUCUCAGAAUGAUAUUAACGAAGGGACCGCAUCAAAACUUCAGUAAUUUUCAUAGUAUAUUCGGUUACAUUGCGAUGAUAUUCACGAUCCUAAGCCUGAUCGGCGGAGUCGUCAACUUAUAUUCAACAAAAAUUUCCAUAAACAAUAAGUUUAUUAGAAUUGCCCACGCUAUACUCGGCAGUUUAACAAUAGUGUUUGCAUUUUUGUCUAUGGCAUCAUUUCCAAUUACUGAAGAGAUUUCUAAAAAAAAGCAUUUAGGUAACACAAAUCAUAAUUUAUUCAUAGCUCUUACUAUUAUAUCAUUAAUAUUAAUUUUAGCUUCACCAAUUAUGAAUGUACGUAGGAUGUUAGCGUAG